ACUGAAAAAAAUAAAAACUGCAGUGUUGUGUGAAGUGUUGUAGUAGUUGUGUAGUACUAAUUCACAAAUCUCUUCUCUUCUUUUUCUCUCUUCUUUCUUCAAUGCAUCACAAACUCACAGCAACAUUCCAAAACCCAAAUCAUUAUAAUAAAUCACCACUUGCUUACUUUACAGCUCUUGAUUCGAUCUAAAUCUCUCCCAAAUCACAAAACCCCUUUUCACUCAUUUUCGUUGGUUAGGUUUUUGAGCAGAGACGAAGAUGGGUGAGGGUGAGCGUUUUCAGCUGGGGACUGUUGGCGCUUUGACUCUUUCUGUGGUUUCUUCUGUCUCCAUUGUUAUUUGCAAUAAGGCGCUCAUGAGUUCACUGCAUUUUAUUUUUGCUACAACUUUGACAAGCUGGCAUCUACUUGUCACAUUUUGUUCUCUUCACUUGGCACUCAAAAUGAGAUUCUUUGAGCAUAAAGCUUUUGAGCAAAAAGCCGUUGUUGGAUUUGGGAUUUUAAAUGGAAUCUCAAUUGGACUUUUGAAUUUGAGCUUGGGGUUCAAUUCUGUCGGCUUCUAUCAAAUGACUAAGCUUGCAAUCAUUCCUUGUACUGUACUCUUGGAGACCCUAUUUCUCGGGAAGAAAUUCAGUAAAAGAAUUCAAUUUUCCCUAUCUAUCCUCCUUAUGGGUGUUGGGGUUGCAACAGUCACUGAUUUGCAAUUGAAUGCUCUGGGAUCUUUCUUAUCUCUUCUGGCAGUGAUUACAACAUGUGUUGCUCAGAUUAUGACAAACACUAUCCAGAAGAAGUAUAAGGUUUCUUCCACCCAGCUUCUAUACCAAUCAUGUCCAUACCAAGCCGCAACCCUGCUAAUCUCUGGUCCGUAUCUGGAUAAACUUUUGACCAGUCAAAAUGUAUUUGCUUUCAAGUACACAACACAAGUGACGGUUUUCAUAGUUCUUUCCUGCCUCAUCUCAAUUUCUGUCAAUUUUAGCACAUUUCUCGUAAUUGGAAAGACAUCUCCAGUCACCUAUCAGGUUCUUGGACACCUAAAGACAUGCCUUGUAUUAGCAUUUGGUUAUACUUUGCUCCAGGAUCCAUUCAGCUGGAGAAACAUAAUGGGUAUUCUGUUGGCCAUGGUUGGGAUGAUUCUAUAUUCUUACUAUUGUACUCUUGAGAAUCAGCAAAAAGCCGUUGAAGCUGCCGCACUAGCAUCCCAGGCAAGAGAAGGUGAAUCUGAUCCUCUCAUUAAUUUGGAAAAAGGAAGCAGCACUGUGACUGACAGUGUUGGACAUAUGUCCCCUGUAUGGAGCAAAGACAAAGACUAGUAUGCUUAUGAGCUCUGUAAAAUCAUUGUGGAGAAACAGUUAAAGUUUCUAUAGAGGGUUAAAACCUGUAAACCAUAUGGAAUUAGGAAAUGCUGCCAAAUCCGACUUAUUUCAUAGUCUAGCGUUCUGUGAAUUGUUUGCCAACUAUCGAUAUUAGAGAGAGGAACAAUUACAUGGUCAUGUUGCAAUUAUCUUGACCACAAAUAUGGCUCGUAUUAGUAGCAGAUAUUUCUUGAUGAUGUUUUCACAUCAUGUUACAUUCAUAAUUUUAUAUACAUAUAUCCAAACCUUUUUCCCUCU